GUCGUGAAUCAUGAUCCGAGCACAGUCUGCUGCCUCUGCAACAGCGAUCUUUAUAUCCGCGGCCAUUUGACGUACAAUGAGGGUUCCAAUUGCCCGGCAGACAAUAGGGCUUGUGGUCCUGCCUGCACCUGGAAUGAUACCUGUUGCUGGAGGCAAGAUGAGCAGAACGGCAACGCUGCGAACUGCUAUUGCUACGGAAAAUGGACGGCCAAGACGCUUCUCGUUCAUGCAGCGGAGAAUUGUGGGCCAGAAUGCCCUGCGGAUUACUCGCCGUGAAGGUGUACGACUUGAGUUGCAUGUGUACUAUGGCAGCUACUUUCUACCAGGGUGAGCUGAUUGGUAUGCUGGCAUAUAUAGAUAAUUCGCAGGUUCAUAAGCGAACUGCGAGAGUCUUUCAGAGUCAGGUAUGUCGUGUGAAGGAAAAUGCGUCGAAAUUUGAUAUCUCGACGGGACAGGCCAAAUUUGCCAGGCACUGCGGCGUAGCCUGCAUUUCAUGCACGCUAUUUGUGCUCGCUCGUACCCUCAAAGUUAGCGAAUGAUCAUAGCGAGAUGUCGCAACUCAAAGUGGUCGAAGCGCUCAGAAACGUACAUCCCAUCGGCAUGCCCCGCAAGCUGUAUGAGGAAGCUCUCCCUUGGCCGCCGAACGAGGGCAAGCGAGAGCUGUGAGCCAGAAACGAGUCCAAAACAGCGUAAAUGAUGCA